CGUGCGCAUAACAAAAUAAUGGAGGACAAGCUCCUGAAAAGAAAUUUUACAUUGCUGUUUGACUAAUACAGGUACAAUGACGAUUUGGAAAAGUAUUAACCGGAACUAGACAUUACCAUUUGUAUCAGAAUAUACAAGAACGAAAACAUACGCAAGGUUACCGUUGAACUUCCUCAACCUGUAUGGCUGCACCCUAACUUAAUGUAGUUACUCAGCAUCACUACUUGUAGGGGCAAAUUACUUCCACCCGCCAGUACAAUCUAAUUCUGGGCCUCUGUCACUGGAACUGGGCCCUGACUGCAUGAAAGUAAUUGAUGUGAUCUCAAGCAAAUGGAAAGCAAGGGUGCUGCUACAAUGAAGCAGUGAGUGGAUGCGUUAUGCUUCGGUUGGUAACGACUUAACCAAUCGGGUACAGCGGGUGUUCAAGUCUGACAGUCACAGGAGGAACAAAAAAAAAAAAAAAAAAAAAGGCCGUAAGGGGGCGAUCGGAACCGAGCUUAUCGGAACCGAGCUUACCCUGUCUGAUUUAAAAUACAGACGCUUCUCCGUACAUAUACUUUAAAUGUAAUUAUGGGCCUUUGUUCGUGGCUGCGAGAUCGUAGUUCUUACAACUUGACAGUUUUGUUUAAUAUCCUUUAUUGACGAGUGGCCGAUCUUUGGUUUGGUUGUGUUGGGUUUCCUGCAGUGUUACACCUGGUCCUGUGGGAAGUGAGUUACAGGCUGGUGUGUUGGUGUUAUUUACAAAAAACAUCUUGCAAGAUGGGAUCGGAGCUGGAGUUUCCAAAUCCAAGCUGCAGGAUAAUGACCUUCUAUCCAACCGUGGAGGAGUUCAAAGAUUUCAGUCGCUAUAUAGCUUACAUUGAGUCCCAAGGGGCACAUCGUGCAGGGCUUGCAAAGAUAAUUCCUCCAAAGGAAUGGAAGCCAAGAAGAUGCUAUGAUGACAUUGAUGAUGUAGUGAUUCCAGCUCCAAUCCAGCAGGUUGUGACAGGCCAAUCAGGUCUUUUCACACAGUACAAUAUCCAGAAGAAGCCAAUGACUGUAAGAGAAUUCCGUAGAACAGCAAACAGUGACAAGUACUGUACACCACGUUAUACUGACUUUGAUGAUCUUGAAAGGAAGUAUUGGAAAAAUUUGACAUUUAAUCCUCCAAUCUAUGGUGCAGAUGUUAAUGGCACUUUGUACGAUAAGGAUGUGGAUGAGUGGAACAUUGGGCGACUCAACACAAUACUUGACACAGUUGAGAAUGAGAGUGGUAUUACAAUUGAAGGGGUGAACACUCCAUAUCUUUACUUUGGCAUGUGGAAGACUUCUUUUGCUUGGCAUACUGAAGACAUGGAUCUGUACAGCAUCAACUACUUGCACUUCGGAGAACCAAAAUCAUGGUACACAGUGCCCCCUGAGCAUGGUAAAAGACUGGAACGUCUUGCUAAAGGAUUUUUCCCUGGAAGUGCCCAGAAUUGCGAGGCUUUUCUCCGACAUAAGAUGACCCUCAUUUCUCCUUUUAUUCUGAAGAAGUAUGGUAUUCCUUUUGACAAGGUCACACAGGAAGCUGGAGAAUUCAUGAUCACGUUUCCUUAUGGUUACCAUGCUGGCUUCAACCAUGGAUUUAACCUUGCAGAAUCAACUAAUUUUGCCACACUUCGGUGGAUAGAGUAUGGAAAACAGGCUGUUUUGUGCUCUUGCAGGAAGGACAUGGUGAAAAUUUCUAUGGAUGUGUUUGUAAGAAAAUAUCAGCCAGAGCAUUACAAACUAUGGAAAGCAGGGAAGGAUGUGUGUGUUAUAGAUCAUGCUGCACCUACGCCUGAAGCAGCAGAAUUCAUGAAGGAAGGGAUGUAUAGCUGUGUGGCAAAUACAGGCACCUCUGCCACAGAGGGUGAAGAUGAAGAAUGCACAGAAGAAGCAAUCAAACUGGUAUCUGCAGAUAAAAAGAGUCCUGUAAAACGGCGAAUACUGACAAAGAGGCAUCGAAUUUGUUUAGAUGUUCCCCAGGAAGUGAGUGAAAGUGUUGGAUUUCCAAAGGAGGAGCUCAGCUCUGUGCAGUACGAAGUUGAGGUGGCAGGGGCAGCUAGGGCAAAUUCACUGCCUACAACAGAUAUAAAAAAUGAACGUGAUCAUAAAGCAUCUGGAUCUCUUUCUUUACCAGAUUAUGCAGACUCUGCUGAAGUGAAGUUUGAAGAGCUACAGAAUGUGAAACUUGAAGAAGAUGAUGAGGAAGUUGCAUUGGAUUUAUCUAUUUCAAACCCUUUAAGUUCUACUUUUGUAGCAAUGUCACCUUUGAAGCCAGAUUCUUCAUCUAGUUUUCACUCCUCUUCAUCAUCAUCCUCCUCUUUCUCUUCUUCCUCAUCCUCCUCCUCUUCCUCAUCUUACUCUGGAUCAUCUGAUUCUGAACCAGGUGAUGCGGCACCGAAACGCUCCCCUAGCCCUGCAGAAGUUCUUAAUGUUCACAGCUAUGCUAAAGGUGACUACAGUUCUAGUGAUGGUGAAGGCACAGUGGAUAAGAAAACAUCUUUGUCUUUGGACAGCAAUGACGAGAGAGAUAUGUCAGAGCUAGUAGAUGAUGACUUGACAUCAAGAAAAACAAAGAAGAUAAAAGGACGCCGUCAGCCAUUGUGCAAGCUACCACGACAUCACCCCCUUAUGGCAAAGGACUACUUCAGUGAUGAAGAGCCGACUGAGCAAUAUCCAUUUGAGGAUGACUUGGAAGAGACAGAGGCUUGGGCCAAACCCCUUGCACAGCUGUGGCAGAAUCGACCACCAAAUUUUGAAGCAGAAAAGCAGUACAAUAUUGCUAUGGCACAACAGCCACCAUACUGUGCAGUUUGUCUACUAUUUCAAACAUACCAUCAGUCAGAAUGUGGAAAUCGCAGUAACCAGAAUCCUGUCUUUUCUGGUGGGAGAAUGCAUACCAAACCACUUAUCCCAGAGAUGUGUUUUACAGUCACUGGAAAUAGUACAGAUGUCAACCUUUCAACUCCAUACAUAGAUGAAGAUGGAAACAGUCUUCUAGUUACUUGCAAGAAUUGUUGUGUCUGUGUUCAUGCAAGUUGUUAUGGUGUUGCUUCAGAGAAAGUGUCUGAUGACUGGCUGUGCUCAAGAUGCAAAGCAAAUGCUUUGACUGAGGACUGUUGCUUGUGUUCUCUGCGAGGUGGAGCAUUACAGAGGUCCAAUAAUGACAGAUGGGUUCAUGUGAUGUGUGCCAUAGCAGUGCUGGAAGCACGAUUUGUAAACAUUGCAGAUCGAAGUCCUAUUGAUGUGAGCAAAAUACCUCUGCCACGUUUUAAGCUGAACUGUGUUUUCUGUAAGAAGCGACGGAAACGAACAGCUGGAUGCUGCAUACAGUGUUCUCAUGGCCGUUGUCCCACAUCAUUUCACGUUACUUGUGCUCAGGCUGCUGGUGUAAUGAUGCAGCCAGAUGAUUGGCCUUUUGUGGUUUUCAUUACUUGCUUCAGGCAUAAAACCCCUUCUCAAGAGCGUAGUAAGGCCCUCAUGAAGGAAAUUACAGUCGGACAGACUGUUAUUAGCAAACACAAGAAUGGACGCUACUACCAGUGUGAAGUGAUUGGUUUGUCGAAGGAGACCUUUUACGAGGUCAACUUUGAUGAUGGAUCUUUCAGUGACAACCUGUACCCUGAAGACAUUGUGAGUCGAAAUUGCCUCCAGUUGGGUCCUCCUGCAAGUGGUGACGUUGUACAAGUGCGGUGGACUGAUGGGCUUGUCUAUGGUGCUAAGUUUGUAGCAGCUCAUGUCAUUCAGAUGUAUCAGGUGGAAUUUGAAGAUGGAUCUCAGCUGGUAGUGAAGAGAGAUGGCUUGUACUCACUUGAUGAAGAGCUGCCCAAAAGGGUCAAAUCUCGUCUGUCUGUGGCAUCAGACAUGCGAUUCACAGAAAUCUUCACAGAAAAAGAAGUGCAGCAAGAGACAAAGCGACAGCGCGUCAUUAAUUCUAGGUACAGAGAGGACUACAUUGAACCAGCGCUAUAUCGUGCCAUAAUGGAGUGAUAUUUUAGCCUUUGGAGGCAGGGGCUGUUUUGGAUGGUUCCAGGGCCUUUUAAUAUGACUGUGUAAAUAAAGCUUGCAGCCUUGGCUACUGAGUACUGGCACUCAAAAUUAGUGUACAUUUUUCUUCUUUGAAACAAGAUAUAACAUAUUGUACAUUUCCCAGAUUUCAUUGGAUUUCCUUCAUGCAUUUUAACACUACAAGUGAUCAUGUUCUUCACAAGUUGAUGAAUUUCCAGAUUUUAUUGCUGAGGGGCAUCUCAGUCUGCAAGUCGUAUGAAUGAACUGUUUACCUAGUGAACUUCAUUAAACAUAAGACUGUUCAGAUAUGGAUGGAUAACCAAAACUGCAAAGGAUUCUGUUCCCAUAAUUUCAUGGCAGCUCACUGUUGUGCCUGUAGAGCACCUCUUGACUGUACAGUUGAUCUGCAGCAUUUUGACUUGCAUCACUAUACAAAGAUUGUACACAUUCUGUGGAAUUUUUCUAAAAAAAGUUCUGGGCUUUCUCUUUUUUUUUUUUAAUUCCCAGCUUUAAAGGACAGUAUUAUUGGUGCUUAUAGAUAGCGCUUAUUUUGUACUUCUUUCUCUAGCACCUGUCUUACCUCCUCCCUCACUGUGACAUAGCACCAGCUUCUAUCAUUAUGUGAAUGGAAUACUUGCUAAUGAACUCUGUAUUGUUUAUUUGUUAAUUGUUACUUUGUAUAGAUAUUUAAAAAGCUUGCUUCCAUGAGUUUUUCUCAGUGCUAGUGAAGUAACACACACCUUCACAUUGUGUGAUAUUUUUGUGUGUGCUGUUUAUUUUGAAAAUGAUAUUGGCAUAUUUCAUACAUUGGCGUAGCUAACUGAAUGUUUAAAAACAUAAUGAAUUUUUUUUUUAA